CGACUUGAGUUUUAAGUGGAAGUACAAGCCUGUACUGUGUCUCUAGCCCAACACGGUUUAAAGUACAUUUGUUGUGGUCAACUGGAAGGAAUUCUGAGAGUGGCAACUCGCCUUCGUGAAUUGCACUCGUCACGUAAGAACAACGAGCAACAUGUCCACAGCCUUCUCCUUCCAGACGCAGCUCGUCUCCAUCAUGGAUGCGUUAUCCAAAACAGCUGUGAUGGAAAUCAGCAAACUGGUGGAGAUCGAAUCCAAGAUGUUGAAAAUAGAAAUUACAAGAGGGAGAAAUGAAAUCGCCUCACUCACAGAGAAGCUGCAGCUGAUGGAGAAGUUGCUGUACAUGGCUCAGGAGCGCAGGCAUGACGCAGCAGCGGCGGCGGCGGCAGCAGCAUGCUCAGAGAUCAGAGAGCCUUCAGAAAACAAGGCAUAUUUUGCUUCAGAAAACUCAAAUGUUGGAACUACGUGGGAAAACAUAAGAUCCUCAACUGAGAUGAAAGGUUUCCAUCAAAGUGAGGAGGAUGCUUCAACUGAACCUCCAAACCCACCAAACGAAUUGUCCGAACUGAUAGUGGUGAAAGAAGAACCAGUAGAGGUGGAUGACAAUAUCCCUGAACAAGACGGAACAAUUGAAGCAAGAAAGGACACACUCAUUGAUACCCGAAAGGAUCCAUAUGGGAUACAGCAUCCUAAAACCACUGCAGGAACCCAGCAGCCUCUUUUCACCAAUAAUGCAAUGAGUUUAGGUGCCCAGCAGCGUGGUUCUGACUCCAGGAGACAGGAAAUGCAGUGGAACCAACAGCUAUCACCUGCAAAUGCAACCCUACAGGAUGGGAAACAUGUGACUCAAAAUGUUUCCUCCCAAAACUUAAGUGCACCCAGGAAUGUGAAGCUUUAUAGCUUUAGAAACUCCUCUGCUAAGAGGUUUUGCUGCAUGCAGUGUGGGAAAGGUUUCAGAUGCUUCAGUCAGCUUGAAAUACACCAAAGAAGUCACACAGGCGAAAAGCCAUUUAGAUGCACACUGUGUGGAAAGCGAUAUGCUCAGAAAGGUCACCUGUACACACACCAGCGCACACACACUGGGGAAAAGCCCUAUCGAUGCACUAUUUGUGGAAAGGGUUUUAUUCAGAAGUGCACUCUUGAUAUGCACCAGCGCACACACACGGGGGAAAAACCUUUUGUUUGUGUCAGCUGUGGCAAAGGAUUCACAAAGAACUGUAAUCUGAAAAAACAUCUAGCUGUGCACCAAGAUCAUGGCCUGAACAUUUAUGGGGGUGAGUUAUUUAGUGGAAAAAAUGUUCACGAAGUACCGAAUUCAGAGAUACUGGGCUACUUUAGCGAGAUGAUGUGCGACAACGCUAACAGGAGUUUUCGGACCCAGCUGGCCGUGAUCCUGGACAAGCUAACAAAGGCGGCUUUGGCCGAGAUCAGCAGCCUGGCUGACGAAUGCUCCUCCGUCCUUCACACUGAGAUAUCUCUGCAUAAAACGGAGAACGAGGCGCUGAAGAAGAGGUGCUACUCUCUGGAGGUCCAACUGAGAGCAGCCAGAGAGGGGCAGACCUACCCUGUACAUGUCAACAGCAAUGUCAGGCAACUUUCAGAUCAGCACCAUUCUGCUCCCGCCAUCGAAGGAGUAUUUGGGAAAGAUUGGUGCAUGGACCUGUGGAGAGAAGACAAGCUUCAGCCUCAGAGAAGACAGCCAAUGGAGGCAGCUAUGACAAACCUAGGAGCAGAGGCAGCUGACAUGAUGGCGAGGGACCCUGAUCUUAUUUUCGUGAAAGAAGAGACAUAUGACGAUCACCCGAUUGGUCAACAGAUGAGUCAUAUAGACAACAGAAAAAUUGUUGGGAUGUUUGAAGAUGACAACAUGCUUCACAGAUCAGUUGAUAACCUGCAGCCUCACUCGGGGGAAUUGAACAAUUUCCCCAUGAUGCCAGAGGGACAAAUGCUACAGCGCUCACAGCCCACCAUUGCGGACAGAUUAAUAGAGGAUGCAGCAAUGAGCAGGCUCGUGGAAAGCACAAAUCCUCCCUCAGCGUCUGUGGAACUGCCAGAUUACAGCAAUUGUCUCCAAACGAACACAACCAAAGAGCUCACCUUUCCAUCCAAACCUGUUAAGCCAACAAAGCGGUUUGACUGUUUAUUCUGUGGAAAAGUCUUUAACUAUUUAAGCAGCUUAAAAGUCCAUAUUAGACGGCAUUCCGGUGAAAAGCCUUUCAGCUGCUCGGUUUGCGGGAAACGAUUUGCUCAAAAAACAUACCUUAAACUUCACCAAAGAGUGCACUCUGGUGAAAAACCUUACAGCUGUCCAGACUGUGGCAAAAGUUUUUCCCAGAAAAGCUCUUUGAAUAUUCAUCUCCGAACACACACGGGGGAAAAGCCUUAUAGCUGUGUAGGAUGUGGCAAAUGUUAUGCUUAUAAGUAUGGGCUAAAUCAUCAUCAGUGUUUGAACUGGAUGGUUAAACCAGAGGUGUUUGAUACAGGCCCUCUAAGUAACGCUCAGAGUGACUCGACAUGCAACAGUAUAUCUUUAUUAACACCCACCAUGGAGGAUAAAUACUGAUUUAAACGAAUACAUUAACACUCAAAACAUGGCUAAAAGUGGCUUUGGUCACAAUAGACUACACCAACAGUGGUUAAACACAAUUAACCAAUUAAGUUAUUGUGACAGGCCUGAGUUUGACUCAUGAGCCUGUAAAAAAAAAAAAAAAAAAGAAAAAUUAUUUUUGCAUGUGUUUGUUCCUAAUAUUUCAGACCACAAGAUGAUAUUCCAGGAAAUACUGUAUUCUUAUACUGUACAAGUUAUAUAAUUAAUGAUUCUUAGGAAAUGGUCCUGGCCAGCCUGUAAAUCUACCUCCUUGGAACAGAAAGGUGAACCAAAUUGUUCCUCUCAACGUCUUUUUCCAUGUACAAUAUUUAAUUAAUUGAAAUUAAAAAUAAGACUUGGUAUAUAUUUCUUCUUGAAUAUGACAUUUACGGUGUUUAUGUCUUGGUCAUAUAUUUAAGCGUUCUGCUGUUAUUGAAAAAUGUGUUACUGUUUGAAUACUUUGGUAAUUCUGAAUUAAAAAGAAAAAAAUGUUUCGUUAACAUUAGGACAAAAUCUGGUUUAGUUUUGUCUUAUCUCUGUCUAAUGCCCGAUAGAAAUUUUCUCUGAAUGUGAAGCUUUCCUGAACUGGUUCUGUUCCAGUUAUGGUUCUAGAAGCUUAGAUUUUAUUAUUAAAAGGAUGAUUAAUGAGUGAA